AUGUCCACCCUUGCUCGGGCUCCCGUUUUCAAGCCUUUCACACUUGCUCUCGUCCAACUGGGCCAGAUUGGAGCCAACAAGGCCGACAACCUCAAGCAUGCAAGGGAGAUGGUCCUCAAGGCUACCACUCAGCACUCGAAGAAACCUGAUCUCGUGGUCCUGCCGGAAUGCUUCAAUUCACCGUAUGGGCACGUUCAUUUCCCUGUCUAUGCAGAGAAGAUUGGGUGGACUCCUGGAACAAAGUACGAGAUCGAGAAGAGUGAAAGCGAGAGUGUCAAGAUGCUUUCACAGCUUGCGAAGGAGACCAAGACUUGGCUGAUUGGAGGAUCCAUCCCUGAGGCGGAUACUGAGAGCGACAAGUACUACAAUACCUGUACUGUGUACAACCCCGACGGUGAUCUUGUUGCUCUUCACCGCAAGAUUCAUCUCUUCGAUAUCGAUAUUCCUGGGAAGAUCACCUUCAAGGAAAGCGAGAGCUUGGCUCCGGGUAAAACCCCGACCUACUUCGACACUGAAUUUGCGCGAAUUGGACUUGGGAUCUGCUAUGACAUCAGGUUCCCCGAGCUGUCGAUGAUUGCUGCUAGGAAGGGCGCCCAUGUCCUGAUCUAUCCUGCUGCAUUCAACAUGACGACUGGACCGUUGCAUUGGGAGUUGCUCCAACGCGCCAGGGGCCAAGUAAUCGCGGAAGCUGGCGAAAAGGAAGAAAUCAUCUACGCUGACAUUGAACCCAAAGUUCUGGAAGAAACGCGACAAGGGAUUCCUGUUACGACGCAGCGGCGAUUUGAUGUGUACCCGGAUCUAAGGACUCUGACCAAUCGAAAGGCGUAG